AUGGCUAGCAAAUCUCAACCUCCAAUUCAAGAGAAGACUUUUCAUGAAUGGUCCAAAAAUAACUUUUAUAGGACAAGUUACAUCAAUCAUUACACUCAAUUGCCUUAAGAGCCUAAGAAUUCAGCUGUGCCUGGAUAUGCAGGAUAUGUGCCAUAUGUUCAAUCAGAAAAUCUAUAUGGAGAAAGAUUCUCUGAAGUAGCAAGAAAGUCAUUUGCAGAUUCUAAAUUGGGCAAGUUUAAUAGAUUGUCUUCCACAGGAUUCAACUUUGAUGCUAAAGAAUUGAUUGAUCCUCAUAAGGAGGCUUAUUCACACAAAUAUGGUUGUCAAACCAUUCUUAAAAACCAUCCUUGCACUCACAUUGAUAAAAUGAUCACAUCUUAUCAAGACGGUUUCAAGAAGCCUUAAAAUCUUGUUGCUCCAACAUUUCGAAAGACUGACAGAUAUUUGGAAACUGCAUAAGCCUAAACAAAAACCUCAGGUUUCUAGAAGAAUCAUAUGCAAUUCGAUGGACCAGGUUGGAUUCCUCAUGAAAAUAUGAAUGGUGACUAAAUAAGAACUGAGUAUCGUAUUUAAUACAAUUAAGAAAAACCUUUCCAUAGGAAUCCCGUCCAAUUCAAACUUAGAAAGAUGAAAUAAACAGAAAUGAAUUAUAAGCACACCUGAUUAAUAACAUAUUUAAGGAUUUAUAUUUGGUCUAAGAUUAAAUGUAUUUUA